ACCAGGCACCGAAGACACCACAGACUCCACAGAGACACAGCACUAAAUCUCACCAUGCCAAACUACAAACUGACUUAUUUUAAUAUGAGGGGGAGAGCAGAAAUUAUCCGUUACAUAUUUGCUUAUUUGGAUAUAAAGUAUGAAGAUCACAGAAUAGAACAAGCUGACUGGCCUGAAAUAAAAUCAACUCUUCCCUUUGGCAAAAUUCCCAUUUUGGAAGUCGAUGGUUUUAUCCUUCACCAGAGCCUGGCAAUAGCAAGAUACUUGACCAAAAACACAGAUUUGGCUGGAAAAACAGAGAUGGAACAAUGUCAAGUUGAUGCUGUUGCAGACACAUUGGAUGAUUUCAUGUCACAUUUUCCUUGGGCAGAGAAAAACCAAGAUGUAAAAGAUCAGAUGUUUAAUAAGCUGCUCACAUAUGAUGCACCUCAUCUUCUACAAGAUUUGGACACAUACCUAGGGGACAAAGAGUGGCUUAUUGGUAACUCUGUAACUUGGGCAGAUUUCUACUGGGAUAUUUGCAGUACCACACUUUUGGUCUUCAAACCUGACCUGUUGGACACUCAUCCCAGGCUACUGACAUUACGGAAGAAAGUCCAAGAAAUUCCUGCCAUUGCAGACUGGAUACAAAGGAGGCCCCAAACCAAACUCUAGCUGAUAGUUGCCAUGCUGAGGUUUUGAUGUUCACUGUCAUCUUUCCAUCAGAUAAGACAGGUGUAUCUUUCCAUCAGAUAAUCCACAGACUCCCCUCCCUACCUCUGCCAUGACUUUCAUCUUUCAUGUCAUAUUCUUCUUGAAAAAGUAUUUAGUUACCAGUAUCUUUUUUUUUUUUUAGAAUAGCUUAACAACAUUUUAAAUUGAGAAAAAAUAGUUUACAAUACAUGUAGUCUUUGCUUUGCACUGGUUCCAACAUGCAUGAAUGCUUUAAAGAACAUCAGUUUCUCAAAUAAUGGUCUGGAUUUGUUACCCCAGCAUACUGUAAGUAAUUGCACAAUAUAAAAACUUUGUAGCUAGAUCUUCAAUCCACAAAUCACUACAUUAAUAACAGAUGCACAUAAUAAUCAAUCAUGUCAGUUACUGGCUACUGUACAACUGUUAUUCACACAUAGCAAGGCAUAGUAUAGUUCUAUUGUCUGCUUAUUUCUUAGUGAUAAAUCCACUUGACAUCUUACAAAAAUGGAUAAUCAGAGACUCACCAACAAAGUGCAGCAAAGGAAAAACAAAUGAUAUGCUGUACUUAAAUUUAAAUUAAACAUAAAUGGAGUAACAUAAAAAGAGCUGACUCUGAGGAUUUAACACUGUUGCAGUUUAAGAGGCUCUGGAAAGGUGGUUAGAGGAAUUCAGUGAAGGUGAACUUAUAGGCAAGAAUAAGGAAAGUGAUUGUGAUAAAAAUAUGUACAUGUCAAUAUCAAAAAACUUAACAUUAAGAGAUAAAGAGAAUUCAGAAGACAAGACAGGUUGGAGGAAAAUACUUGCAAAACAUUUAUCUGAUAAAGAAAAUAUUGAAAAAUACAAAGAACUUUGUAAAACUUAACAUUAAUGAAUAACCUGAUUAAAACAUUAGCAUAAGACCUGAACAGAUCAGCAACAAUAUACAUACAAAUGGUAAUAAAUGCAUCAUGAGGUGCACAGUAUGAUGUCAUCAGGGAACUGCAAAUUAAGAUGCCACCACACACCUAUUAGAGUGGCAAAAACCAAAACAAAGACCAUACCAGAUGCUGGUGGGGACAUGGCCCAAUAGGAACUCUGAUUCACUACUGAGAAUGCAAAAUGGUACAGCCACCUUUGAACCACUUUCUUACAAAAUGAAACAUACACUUAACAUGUGAUCCAGCAACCUCACUCCUUGGUAUCUACCCAAAUGAGCUAAAAACAUGUUCACAUGAAAAUCGGACCACAGGUAUUUUAUAACAGCUUUAUUCUCCAUUGUCAAAACUUGAAAGGUACGAAGAUGUACUUCAGCAAGUGAAUGGACAAACUGGUACAGACACACAACAGGCAGUGCUAAAAAGGAGCCAUCAAGACACGAAAAAAGAUUCAAUGGGUUAACAAGGCUGCAGUCAUUUACUACCCCUCUGCCAUUAUUCUGCCCCCCCCACCCCCAACACACACACCUAGAUCGUUAGCCCAUGAACUUCCUUGUCAGCCACUGGUCUGACGGUUAGCCUGUAACUUCCACUACUUAAGAAUAGCUCCCCUGCCAUUUUCUCUCUCUCUCUCUCUCACCCUUGAGGGCAGACACUCUGCUGGUCCACUUAAUCUUUUGUGUGUGGAGGGGGAAACUCAAAGGAACCUUACAUAUUACUAAGUAAGAUGCCAAUCUGCAAAGUCUGUAUACUGUAUGGCUCCAACUCAAAGAUAUGCUGAAAAAGGCAAAAUUAUGGAGACAGUAAAAGUGGUUGCCAAGAUGUGGGAAAAGAUGUGAUCCAUUGGUGGCACAGAGUUUUGGGGCAGUGAAACAAUGCUGAAUAUUAUAAUGGUGGAUAUAUAUCAUUAUGUUUGUUAAAACUAAUAGAGUAUAUAGCACCAAAAGUUAACUAGAUUGUAAACUGUGGACUUUGGGCAGUAGUGUGUUAAUGUAGUUUUAUUCAUUGUUAACAAAUGUACCCCUCUGACUAUAAAAAUGUAGUGGGGGAGGCUGUGCAUAUAUAGGGACAGGAGAUAUACAUGAAUUCUCUUCUGCUCAAUUUUGCUGUGAACCUAAAACUGUUUUAAAAAAUAAAGUCUGGUAGUUAGCUUUCUGUCACUGUGACAAAAUAUUCAAUAAAAAGUACAUUAAAAGGAAUGAAGAUUUAUUUGGGUUCACAUUUUCAAUGGUUUAGCCAUGGGUGGGUUGGAUUCACUGUUUUUUAGCCUGCGGGGAGGCAAAACAUUAUGGGGCAGGGGGAUGUUAUAAAGCAAAGUUGGCUUACCUCAUAGCAGUAAGAAGCAGAGAGAGAGGAAGGGGAGGGGUCUUAACAAACCCUGUCAAGUGUAUGCCCCAAUGACCUAACUUACUAUGUCUACCUCCUGAAGGUUCCACCACCUCCCAAGAGUGCCAUUAGGCUGGCAACCAAGCCCCCAACAUAGGAGCUUCUGAUGGAGAUUCCAGAUCCAAACUACAGUAGUCUGUAAAAAUAAGGAACAAUACAAAACAGUAUUUAUAUGGAAAGAACAAUAAAAUGCUGGAGGCUGAUCUUAAUUUAGGAGUAUGACAAUUUGCUAACACAUAAAAAAAGAUUCUUGUUGUAAAUUACAGAGAUGGUACUGUUCAAACUACUCAGUAAUUUCUAAAUAAA